AUGGGGUCUCUCUUUUAUUUUUUGGGUAUCGAGAUUGUUCCGAAAGGAAUAGAUAUCAUGUUGUCACAACGCAAAUACAUUCAUGAGCUGUUGGAAAGGACUUAUCGUUUUAAUGCUAAACUGAUUUCAUCUCCCAUCACCACUACUUCGAAUUUGUCACUUGGGGACAGUUUUUUAUUUAGCGACCCGGUCAAAUACCACCAAACGGUAAGGGCUCUUCAAUUUGUCACCUUGUCUAGACCAGAUAUCACAUAUGCUAUCAACAAGGUUUGUCAGUUUAUGCAUUCUCCCACUGAAAACCAUUGGUCAGUUGUCAAGCGUAUUCAUCGCUACCCACUUGGGACUGUCAUUUAUGCAGAAUCUUCGAGGUGA